CUGAAUUGAGGAGCAAUCACCGGCGCACUUGCUGGAGCUCAGCUCUGCCCGAGUGGUUCUUCAGUGAGCACCACUUAGAGAGGUUGCUACGCCCCUGCCAUAAAGUCCAACUCCAUAAAGUACCCAAGAGCAGGUAAAGCAGAGUUCACGGAGCAGCGGGAUGAAGGACACGGCUUUAUUUGCCGUGUUCCUGCUGUUUACACACGGUGUGUCUGGUCAAGCAAGUGAGUCACAGAAAUUGUCCGCUUUAGAGGGAGACACUGUUACGUUACACACAGAUAUUACUGACCUACACAACGUUGAUCUGAUGAUGUGGAUUUACACUUACGGACAACAGAAUUCUAUUAUUGCCAAACUCAAUGGGAAAAGUCAUGUGAUUUCAUUGUAUGAUGCUGAUGACGGGAGAUUUGGAGACCGACUGCAGCUGGACAAUCAGACGGGAUCUCUGAGCAUUGCUGACAUUAGGACCAAACACUCAGGAGAUUAUCAGCUGAAGAUCAUCAGCAGUGAGACGUCCUACAAAACCUUCAGUCUUACCGUCUAUGAUGUGUUUUUCGCUGGCGUAACGAACAGGAAAGAGGGAGAAUCAGUGACUCUGCACACUGGGGUUAAUGAUAUACAGAAGCACAGUGCAGUGGUGUGGAAGUUUGACCCUUUGAGUCUGAACGCUUUCUUAGCCGACCUCAACAUAACCCUCCACAAGAGCUCCUAUAGUGCUGGUGAGAGAUGGAGGAACAGACUGAAGCUGGACGAGCGGACUGGAGCUCUGAGCAUCAGUGACAGCAGAACCUCAGAUACAGGAGUUUAUCAGUUACAGGUCUCCAGCAGUAAAGAGACCUACUACAAAAGAUUCAACCUUUAUAUUGAUGUUCCUGAACCAGGUCCUUCAUCAGCACUUGCAGCAUCACUGAUCUUUAUUUUUUUGCUGAUCAUUGGGGGUGUAGCUGUAGCUGUAGGUGUAUAUUACUAUCGCCGCAAGUACUCCAAACUAAAGGAUGAAAUGAAGACAAAGGAAGUGAUAAAGGGGAAUUCUGUCACUUUACACACUGGUGUAACUGAUAUACAGAAAUAUCAUAAAAUAAGGUGGAGGUUUGGACCUCAAGGCACUCUCGUCGCUGAAAUUAAUGCAGAGACAGCUGAGUACCCCGACCAGAGAUUCAAAGACCGACUGCUGAUAGACAGCAAGACCGGAGACCUCACUAUCAGAGAUGUCCAAAUCACACAGUCUGGAGAUUACCAGCUGAAGCUCUACACAGACAGCGUCAGAGAGAACAAAUCCAAGAGGUUCAAGCUUAUCGUCCAUGGUGAGUAGUGCAGCGCUUCAUUGUGAAUGUUAUUAUAUUCAUGCUACAUUAGCCGUGCUGCUGCUAGUGUGGGUUA